CCCACACAGCCCGUGUCCAGUCCAGACCCAGAGUGAUGAGAGACCGUUCAGUCGCUCUCCUCUGAACACACCCUACCCUCAGACGGGACACACCGGGGGAGAGGUCAUAUCAAAGCGGAAAUUAAUUCGACAUGGCACAUUUUAGCAGAGAACAGUGAUAUUCCUGCGGGCUGCGCGGAAGAAAAUACUGGAAUGACUUGUGCGCGGAGGAAAACAGUGACGUACGACGUAAAUAUUUACAUGCCCUUGCUCACAGCAGUACUGCUCGCCAUCGACUAAACUCACACUGAACCCUACAUCGUGUGUGUAUGAGAGACUGCGGAGGAGCUGCGAUGUUAACACGCACUAAGAACGACUGAAAUAAAAACACUGGCGGAAAACGAAUCAUCCUUCCGUGAGAUCGUACUAGAAUUCUGUUGAACCGGACCGUGAGAGUUUCUGGAGGUUUGGGGGACUGAUGUUUAAUCUGCGGUCAUGCCGCAUGCUUCAUCAGAGCUGUUCCCUACCUGAGAGAAUCGAGGAUUGCUGGAGUUUUUUUGACAGUAGAGAUUAAUUAUGACCUAAUUGGGCUGAAAUACGAGUAGUUUGGAAUGAAACUGCCGCCUUAUAAAAAUUAUUUUGUUAGCAAUCGUAACUUUUGUGGUUACUGAAACGUUGUUCGAACGCUGUUGAAACGUAUACAUUCUUAUUUAAAAAUAAUUUUAAGACCCCCAGUUUUGCUUUAAGGGGAUUUAUGCCUUAGUUAGUGGGUUUGACACCCCUACCCCUAAACCUCCCUUAUAAUUCACACCCUGCGAAUGAGCACUUUGUUGAAAAGAUUUUACUGAAAUGCAAUUGGAUGCAAGUUUUUAUAAUUGUAUUAUAUAAAUUCACAUUGAUCUUUAUGUAAGUAUAUUUUCUCUCUCAGGUGAGAGAUGACAGGUGUGAGGUGAGCAGAAGGACUUUUAAAAACUGUUUUCUUAUAAACUAUAGGAACGCUAAGGCGUAUUUCUUAUUUUCAUUUGUUUCUUACUAAAUGUAAUCUCAUGUACAGUUAAAGGACUUUUAAUAGUUAAAUGACGUGAAGUCAUUUUGAAAGUAUGCCUAGUCUGGAGGCCUUUCUACAGGGUGAGAAUCUGUAAUCAAUCAUGGGAGCGAAGCAAACUAAGACUGCAGGGCAGGAGGCAGGAUCGAGCCCUCAGAGCACCGGAUGGAAUCAGACCCCCACAAAAGAGCGAGGAGACAUCCUAACUUCUUUUAUGUUGAGGUCAGGAGACAAACUGAGGAGCGGCGGGACUCCUCCUCCCUACCAGCGGCGCAUCGGGAUGAUACAAGAGAUGAUGCUGAUGGCAAAGCAGGGGAAACACGAUGAGGCGACAGAGAUGCUGAAAACUCUUCGGCAGGAUCUGGGAAUGGAGUCAACCUCUCUGGAUGAUGUUCUGUACCGCUAUGCCAGUUUCCGCAACCUGGUGGAUCCCAUUACCCAUGACCUCAUUAUCAGCCUGGCCAAAUACAUUCACUGCCCAAAGACGGAGGGAGAUGCUUUGGGUGCCAUGGAGAAGGUGUGCCGUCAGCUGACCUAUCACCUGAGCCCGCACUCCCAGUGGAGACGGCAGGGGCUUCUGAAGAGGAAGCCACAGGCCUGUCUGAAAUCAGUUCUUUCAAGUCCUCCAUUCGGUGGGACAUUAGAACUGUCUGGCAUCCCUCUUGGAGUGAAAGACAUGGAGCGUCUCUGUGCCUACCUGCAUCACCACGCAUCCCGCAUCGGCAGCAUAGAGAUGAGUUUCACCGAGCUCACAGACGAUGCCUUCCUUCUGCUCCUCCCUAUGCUGGCAUCUCUUCCCCGCCUCGAGACUCUGGCCCUUAAUGGCAACAGGCUGACCCGUGCAGUGCUCAAAGAGCUCACAGACACGCUGAAGGACCCGGACAGCUUCCCCAGCGUCACCUGGAUCGACCUUGGGAACAACGUGGACAUCUUCUCCCUCCCACAACCUUUUCUGGUGAGUCUGCGAAAGCGCUGCCCCAAACAGGGCAACCUUCCCACCAUCCUGGAGUUCGGCGAGAGCCAGGCCAGCGAGCCAGAGGGCAGAGUGGAUGAAGACGAUGCAGAUGAUACAAACAGGACAGAGAGUAUGGGAGAACUCAGAUCUGAGGUAGAAGAAGAAAUUGACGGUGAGAUGGAGAUCGAAGACAUGAUGGAGGAGUUGCUGGACUUUGACAGGGAGGUGCAAGGCAAGGAGGAUGAGGACGAUAGUAUGUGGACCGUGGAGGAGCAGCGGCUGGUAAAAGAUCCAGUUGCAAAGCGGAACAAAGAGAAGAGAGUGUCCAAAACAGAGGACAAAGAGGACUUACAAAGCCAGUCUUCCCAUCUAUCCUGCUCCAGCCAGUCAGAGCACUCUUCUGGAGCCAUCGAGCCUAUUAGAGAAGACUCUGUGCCAGACCAGUUAGCAUGUUCUUCAAACAACCCUACCUGAUUGAAACCACUGUGUAAUUUGAUUCGAGUUUGGUCCCUUUAAGAAAAAGAGAAAGCGUGACAGGCUUGUUUUCAGACUGGGUUAUCCAUGAAGUCAUGCGAUUCUGCAGGUUUUAUAGGGUUGACAAUCACAGCCGUUGUCUGUUGUUGCAAAGGAGAAAUGGUUAACUUGUUAGGUAAGAAAUAUCAAAUUUACAUCCUCAUUCAAGUUUUCCCAUGAUUCAUAUUCUCAUAUAUAUAUAUAUAUAUAUAUAUAUAUAUAUAUAUAUAUAUAUAUAUAUAUAUCCCAAAUGUACCUUCUCAUUCAGGUUUUUCCAUUCACUGUCAUGUACAUGUAUAGAUCCAGUCACAAAGCAAAUAGAAAAGGGAGUCAAAAACAUAGGGUUAAGAGGACUUACAAAGUCAGUCAUCCCAUCUGCCUUGCUACAGUCUUUCACAGCACUUUUCUGGAGGCAACAAGCCCUUAAGAGAAGACUUUGUCCCAUACCAGUUAGCAUGUCUUUUAGGCAGGCCUACCUGAUUGAACCCACUGUCUAAUUUGAUAAGAGUCUGUAACCUUCAUCCCUUUUAAAAAAAAAAAGAGAAUGGUAGGAAGAGUGUGAUGGGCUGGGUCAAGCAUGAAGUCAUGGGAUUCAGCAGGUUUAAAAGCUGCUGUCAAGGUAAAAAAAAAUAUAUAUACAUAUAUUAUACAUAUAUAUAUAUAUAUAUAUAUAUAUAUAUUAUUUAUCUUGUCAUUCGGUUUUCCCCCUUCACUGUCAUAAAGAUUUAAAAUAUCCACAAAGUGGAGCACAGCAAAAAGGGCGUCCAUCUGUCUUGCACCAGUCAGUCACAGCACUCCUCUGGUGCCAUCGAGCCUUUAAGAGAAGACUUUGUCCCAAACGGUUAGCAUGUCACUCAGACAACACUACCUGAUUGAAGCUGCUGUCUGAUUGAAUUAGUGUCUGUAAACGUCGUCCCUUUAAGAAAAAGAGGAAGUGUGACAGGCUUAUUUUCAGACUGUGUUAUUUAUGAAGUCAUGCGAUUCAGAAUGGUUUUAUAGGGUUGAAAAUCACAGCGGUUGUCUGUUGUUGCAAAGGAGAAAAGGGUCACUUGUUAGGUAAAAAAAUAUCAAAUUUACAUUCUCAUUCAGGUUUUGUCAUAACCAUGAACCUCUGUGUGCCUAUGUGCCUGUUUAAAACCCUGCUGGAAAGGUGUGUGUGUGUGUGUGUGUGUGUAGGUGCAGGUUUAGAGUAACUACCAUGCAGGACAUCAUGAUUUGGUGUUUCCAUCUAUGCAUCUGACUGUCGUAAGUAUCAUGUUCUCUCCAGCAGUGAAAAACAACCUAAAAACUAUUCAAUAUCCUCCAUUGAAUAUGCAUGUCCCGGGUGUCAGGUGGAUGGGACGCUGAUGAGCUCAUAUUAAGUGCCCCUAAUUUAUACAGUGGAAAAUCAAAAUUUUGUCACAGUGUUGGCCCAAAACAGUAUGUUUGAUAGAUACAGAGCAGUUGGACUGAAGCCAAAGAGAAAAGACUCCACAGAAAAUGAUAGAAGGUAUUUAAUAGUGAUUCUGUUGUUGCUGCUUAAAAUGGAUUUUGAGGUCAAUGUAAGGUUUCUUAGCUCUGUACUUUCAAAUAGAUCCUUUAAAUACUAAAAUGAUAUUAAGAUUUUGUGUCUCUUUAUCCACUGUUAUAAUAUGAUAAAGGUAUUUUCUGUAUAAACAUCUAUUUAGUGCCUAAUUAAAAUGUUACAUUGUUCAAAUGUAAUUCAAAGUAGUUCUGAUAUGCCAGUACAUUAAAGUAUUGUUGCAAUGACGGUGUAUAUUUGAUUAGACAGAUUUGUCUUAAUGGAAAACAGUUGUUUUAUUUAAUUUUUAUUAGAAAUUACUCAAUUGAGAAUGAGGAUUUAUUAUAUCCCUUUAUACUGUAUUACUUUGUAUAAUAUCAUAAUAUGCUUACAUACAAAAAUUUUGUUCAGUGUUAUUUGAAGUAGAAUUAGCUCCCUCCCCAAAUGAUCGUUUAUAAAAUUAAUUAUUAAGCCUAAUAAAAGUAAGAUCCUUAAUAUAGUUAACCAAUAUACUUCAGAUGAUCCUGUAAUUUUAUGCUCACCAGGUAGCCUCAAAAUUCCCUGGUGUUUUUCAAAGCCAUAGUUCUAGACAAGUUCUGCCAUUACAGAAAGGGAAUUCUAUGUUGAUAAAAGUGAACUGAAGAGUUAUGAUCAAUGAAUUUAUGAUCAGUAUUUCUGUAUUAACAAAGCAAAUGGAAUGCAAGGGAUGACAAGAAAUUAAUAUGUGAAGACUAUAUGAUUAUUUGUGAACAAAAAAUAUGUUUGACUGUUGGCAUCAAAAUCAAUAAACCUUUAACAAACAUACAAUUCAUUUAUGCAUUAAACAGCACAUAAAAAUGUUAAUGUGGUAAAAACAAUAAACUUGUAAAGGAAUU